AUGAACAAUUUGAACUCAGUCCGGCGCUAUGUGCCUCGUGUCCAUGCUCCAGCGAGCCACAAUGAAUUGGCUGGUCGCAUAAAAGCUGCAGAGGCUCACGGCAAAACUCUUGUAUGGGUACCUCACGAGAAAGAUGGUUUUGCUUUGUCGUUUAUAAUCAGUGAAGCGGAUAAUGAGGGUUGUGUGUUAGUCGAAUUACUCGAUACACAUGAACGUCAGCGUGUAAGUCGUGAUGACUACCAGAAAGUUAAUCCACCUAGAUUUGAUAAGUGUGAGGAUAUGUCAAGCAUGUCUUGCUUGAACGAGGCUUCCGUUCUUCAUAACCUCAGGCAACGCUUUUUCUCCAACCUUAUCUACACAUACUCCGGGCUUUUUUGUGUUGUUGUCAAUCCGUACAAACGACUCCCUAUCUAUACCGAUUCCAUCGCGGAACAAUACAAGGGAAAGAAGAGAAAAGAGAUGCCACCUCAUAUUUUCGCCGUCACUGACGAAGCGUACCGCAGUAUGCUUCAGGAUCGAGAGGACCAGUCCAUUCUUUGCACGGGUGAAUCAGGCGCUGGUAAAACGGAGAACACCAAGAAGGUGAUCCAAUAUCUUGCUCACGUGGCUGCACCUAGGGUCAAGCAACAAUAA